UCGUCCCCCGCAUGCCAGAAACAUGAAUGUAUAAAGAUGAAAAUUUUGGGGUUUUUUAAUAUGUCGGGCCCCGUCCCCCCUAAAUUCGAUCCUGGCGACGCCCAUGGACCCACUGCACGGAAGUCCACGGUGCUCCGUCUCGGGACCGAGCGGAACAGGUCAGGCUAGGCGAUAGCGCUGAUCAGGCUGGCGUCAGUGGCGAGAGCGCGAAACCUCCCGCAGUCUCCUCUACCCUGGCGGUGUCUCAGCCGCCAAAGGCAGGCAAAGGUAAAACCACCCAUGCCCGCUCUACUAAACUGGCGUCGACACGUACACCCAAGGUAACACUUCCCAUGCCCGCCCAACCAACACUGGCAAGGGUCCACACUCGACUCGCCGCUUACAUGGGACGAAGUGGAUGAGGAAGAGUAACCAGCCGGACGACUCGAAAAAUUAAUAAUUGUAGUAAGGUGCAUCCAAAUAAACUUACAAACAUGCCAAAGGCGGCUUCAGCGGUCCUGGUACAGACGUUUUAUGAGGAUAACCUUGACAUCGCCUUUAUCCAGGAGCCGUACAUUUAUGGGAACCAGAUAACGGGACUACCAGAAUUUACCAAUAAGGACCAGAUUGCAGUGAAGGUGAACCUAUCUCUCGGAGAAAACACGCAAGAGCUAAACAUUUGCUCAGCGUACCUCCCCGGCAACUCCAGAGAUUACGAGUCUCUGCCACUACAGGGACUAGUGGACUAUUGUGGCAGACAGAAACUGCAACUCAUCGUGGGAUGUGACGCUAAUGCCCACAAUACCAUAUGGGGCAGCAGUAACAUAAAUCAAAGAGGUGAGUACUUACUUGAAUUUAUUAGCCUUAAUAGGUUAGAAAUUUUAAACGUAGGUAACUGCCCCACUUUCAGGAACAGUAUACGGGAAGAGGUUCUAGAUCUCACUCUAUCCUCUCCUUUUAUCACUAAUUUCGUCAACAAAUGGAAAGUGGCCAGAGAAAUUUCUUUAUCAGAUCACAUGCACAUCCGUUUUGAAAUUGAAAUCACAUUACCAACUGCUACCACCUACAGAAGACCAAGAACCACAGAUUGGAAUCUAUACGAUGCACUUCCGUAGGACGGUCUGAAAAGAUGCAAGCGAAAGGUAAAUGACUUAGUCGAUCUUAAACUUAGCUGCUCAGAUCUGACAUCAGCCAUUGUGAAUUUCUACUAUGAAUCCUGUCCAGAAGUCACUAGGCUUAACAACAGACAGACUCCAUGGUGGAAUAACAAAUUCGCCAAACUUAGGGCAAAUACCCGGAAGCUCUUUAACAGAGCUAAACGAACUGGUGAAUGGGAAACGUAUAAAAUUGCCCUCACCGAGUACAAUAAAGAGAUUAGAUGUGCUAAGAGGAACUCAUGGACUCUUUUCUGUACAAGGAUCAAGGACCUUACGGGAAGCGCAAGAAUCCACAGAGUCCUCGCAAAGACGCACACUAAUGAGUUAGGGCUCCUGAAAAGACCCGAUGGAUCCUUCGCGAACAACUUGCUAGCCGUGGUUCAUUUUCCUGACUGUUUGCCACUGAACACAACCAGAACAAUCCACACGCAGACUGGAAUAAAACGCCCACGCGCAGAGGAUUGGAGAAUCGCCAAAGGUCUGUUCGACGAGGAUAGAAUAAGAUGGGCUAUAUCUGCCUCAGCGCCUUUUAAAGCACCUGGAGCAGAUGGCAUUUUCCCAGCUCAUCUCCAAAAGGGACUGCCCCGCCACUACCCUUCCUGAUACCAAUUUUCAGAGCAUGUUUCGCGUGGGGUCCCUUCCACUACAAUGGCAGGAAGUGACGGUCCGCUACAUCCCAAAGGUGAGGGGAAAACCAGCAGACCAACCAAAGUCAUAUCUUCUACUACUCUAUUGUUACAGGCUUUCUUACUGCCCACUGUAGGGUAAUGAAACACUUGUCAAAUAUAGGAGUUGUCAACUCUGACCAGUGCAGGUUGUGUAAUGAAGAACAGGAAACAGCAGAGCACAUUAUGUGCCACUGUGAAGCCCUUACCAGAACCAGACUUCGCUUCCUAGGAUCACCGUACCUAGAAGCACACGACCUGAAUGGCAUUCAGCCAAAGGACCUCGCGAGGUCUCUUAACAGUACGUGGAUCAAAGAUGACCUGUAGUUGAAUAGAGGUUUGUUACAAUAGAUCGUUUCGGUCGCGGUAACUAGGUGACCUGUUCCCUCCUCUAAAUCUAAUCUAAUCUACUUUAUAUAUGUAUAUAUUUGAAAUGUAAUAGAAAUUCUUAAUUCGAAA